CCAGAUUUUAGGCUCAUGUUUGUUUUGAUUGACCUUGUGCAACGUGUUUACUACCAGCAGUCCAAAAAUUGGCCAAAUUCUAUCGUAAAGACAGGACCGUCAUAAUAAUUGCACGAUGAACCAGCUGGAGAAGAAAGAGCCCGUACAAGCUAUCCUUAUCGAUGACAAUUUCAACGAUUGUUUCGUGCCAAUCACCGAUCGAAAGCCAUUGCCGCUUCUACCGCUGGUAAACGUUCCGCUGCUGGACUACGCCCUGGAAUCGCUCAAUCGGUCCGGAGUCGAAGAAAUUUUCCUAUUCUGCAGUAACCAUGUCGAGCAGGUUCGAGCGUACGUUCACCGGCAACAGCAGAUCAACCGGUGCAGUUGGUCCAUAGGUAUGUCGGUGACUAUCGUUAGUUCAGAAGGAUGUCGUUGUAUGGGGGAUGCAUUGCGAGAUUUGUACGGCAAACAACUGGUACGGGGAAACUUUAUUUUGAUGGGCGUCGACACCGUGACGAAUGCAAAUCUGGCGGCGAUUCUGGAGGAGCAUAAGCAGCUUACGAUGACGGACAAGGGUGCGGUUAUGACGGUGGUUUUCAAAGAAGGAUUUCAGCAGCAACGGACCGGUAGGGAGGUGCUAAUUGCCAUGGAUAAAACAACGAGACAACUGCUGUCUCACCAGCGGUUAAAGCCGCAACACAAGGAAAGUAAAUUUAGCAUCCCUUUGCAGGUUUUCUUGCAGAAUAAAGAUGUUACUAUGCUGCACGGAUUGCUGGAUCCUCAAAUUGCCAUAUGCAGUAGCUCCGUACUUCCACUGUUUUUGGAUAAUUUUGAUUUUUUAACCCGUGAUGAUUUUAUUCGAGGGCUGCUGAACAAUGAGGAGGUUCUGGACAGCACGAUCUACGUGUCACAAUUACCGCGGGAGGAGUAUGCGGCAAAGGUCAACAAUUGGCAGAGCUACCAGAUUGUCAGCAGGGAUGUUGCCAAUCGGUACGUCUAUCCGCUUGUUCCGGAUAUGGGAGUUUGUGGAAACGAGCAGCAUUAUUCGUUCUGCCGAAAUAAUAUUUACCGAAGCCGAGAUCUUCGCUUGGCCAGAAGUAGUGUGCUGAAAAGCGACGUGGUUGUUGGAGAACAAUGUUUCAUCGACGAGAAAACCGUGGUGGAACAUUCCGUGCUCGGCAAGGGUUGUAAGGUCGGUAAGAAUUGCCGCAUUUCAAAUAGUUUUAUAUUGGAUCAUGUCAGGAUCGGAGAUAACUGUGAACUGGACCAUUGCAUUGUGGGGGAGAUGGCUGAGAUUGAGCAGAACUGUAAGCUGAGCGAUGGGUGUAUUUUGGGACCGGAUGUGGUUCUGCCCAAGGCGACGAUCAUUUCGAAAGUUAGUCUCCAAUCUACUAAACCGGACAACACAUGGACUGAGGGUUCGAAAGAGAUGGGAGCACAAGCAUUUACCGUGCCAGAUCUAGCUGAAAAUGCGAUGGAUGAUCCGCUGGCUAAUUCGGAUGAUGACGAUGACCAAGCAAAUACCAUCAAUCACGCCAUGCGUCUUAGCUGUCUGGAGCGAGCCGUCAGUCCUUCCAUCUAUAGUAGUUCCUCGGAGGAGGGUGAGUCCCGCGGCAUGUCACCUAUCCAAGAGGACGCAAACAUCUUUCUGUCAGAGGUACUGGAGUCAUUGAAACGUGGCUACUCCGAACGUUCCAAUCCGGACUAUCUUAUUCUGGAAAUAAAUUCUUCUCGUUACGCCUACAACAUGUCGUUGUCGGAGGUAAACUUUUACGUGGUCAAAGCAAUUUUGCAAUUGCUUACUAUGCAGGAAAAUGCGGCCGGCGGUGCCGUGGUCACGCUGCUGAAUCAACUGUUGAGCUAUUUUGGUCCAGUGUUCAAGAACUACAUACGCGGAAGGGAUGCAAUGAUGGAUGCUCUUAAGGCACUGGAAGAAUCGGCACAGCAGGACGAGGUGAUCCGAACAAAAAUUGCUAAACUUGUUCACUAUCUGUAUGAGCGAGAUUUUGUCACCGAGGAGGUGAUUCUCGAGUGGCACGAGGAAAUGGAAGAUGAUGGGGAAGGAUCCGUGAAGCGGAGCCUUGCCAAGCUGGUCGAUUGGUUGAUGCAGUCUAGCGAGGAGGACGAUGAUGAAGAUGAAAGUGAAUAAUGAACUAAUAAACGUUUCUUCUUGAAA